UUUCAUGAAUAAGUGGGAAAAUGUGAAGAUUCUGUAGAAGACAAUAUGAAAAAAUAAUAAAGGUUGUUUAUGCUGGCUGAGGGAAAUAGAACUGGAAAAAUACAGAAAUUGACAUGGUUGAAGUUUUUCGAGAAAGGUGGGGCGGAUGACAGUAAUAUAGUGGAGCAGACUAGGUCCAAGUCGUGGUGAUGGACGGGGAACUAUCCCCCAAGAACAGACCUAGGGUAGGGUUCCUUUUCGCCCUAGUCUGUACAACAUUCAGCUUCUCGAUGUUCUUCAUGGCAAUGAACAAUCUGUGGUAUGAAGGCGAUGUGACAGUAGAUGACAGUGAAGUCUUGGACUACGAAGAAUUUCGAGGACUUGGGGGACCAAUACUGCAGGAUCACCACCAGCAUAGCGAUGUGAACGAAGAUGCUGCGAAUGACCUACGUAAAAAAGUCCGUGUGUUGUGCUGGGUGAUGACUGCGCCAAAGAAUUUGGACAAAAAGGCCACUGCUGUGAAAAACACGUGGGGAAAACGGUGCAAUAAAGUGAUAUUUUUCAGUAGUGAGACCAACACUUCUUUUCCAACAGUCGGUCUACAAGUGUCCGAAGGGCGCGAACAUUUAACCGGGAAAACGAUACAAGCGUUUAAAUAUUGUUACGAACAUUAUAGGGAUCAAUUCGACUGGUUUUUAAAAGCAGACGAUGACACUUUUAUGAUUGUGGAGAACUUGAGGUAUUUUUUGUCACAUCACAGUCCCAAGUCUCUUGUUUUCUUCGGGCAUAAAUUCAAGCCUAUUGUGAAGCAGGGUUACUUCAGUGGUGGUGCGGGCUAUGUCUUGAGUAGAGCCAGUCUAGAUAAGUUUGUGACGGAAGGCAGCGUUAAUCCGUUCAUCUGCAGGCAAGAUGGCGGAGCAGAGGACGCAGAACUGGGAAGAUGUAUGAUGAAGCUAGGAAUAAAAGCAGGUGAUUCUCUAGAUACUUUCGGCAAGGAGACUUUCCAUCCUUUUGUACCAAUCGCUCACCUGGAAGGCCACCAUCCAGACUGGUUUUACAAAUACAGCGCCCAUAAGCCACGAAAGGGCCUUGGUUGCUGCAGUGAUUACAGUAUCUCCUUUCAUUAUAUGUCCCCCUCCGAUAUGUAUCUAAUGGACUAUUUGUUAUACCACCUUAAACCUUACGGCAUUGUCCAACAGCCUGGAAAAAAUAAACAUUUUGACAGCGAUCCAGAACCACGCAAGAACGAAUAGAUGUAACUCAUGGUUCAGUCUUUUAUAUCGAAUAUGUACGAAUCAACAUGAGUAACGUGGAUUUUUUGU